AGGCAGGGAGGCGGCGGGCAUGGCGAGCGUGCACGAGAGCCUGUACUUCAACCCCAUGAUGACCAACGGGGUGGUGCACGCCAACGUCUUCGGCAUCAAAGACUGGGUCACCCCCUACAAGACGGCGCUGCUGGCGCUGAUCAGCGAGAUGGGCCGGGACGGGCCCUACCUCAGCCUCCUCGAGAGGCGCAGCCUGAAUCGCCUGCUGCUGCUGCUGCUUCAGGGCCCUGAUAUGACCCUUUCUCGAUUGAUUAAGGCCAUUGAAGAACGCUGCUCCCAGCUAGCAAACUUAGUGCAAAUAAGGAUAAAGCUGAUGGCAGCAGGAGAAUUGAAGGACAUGGAGCAAUUCUUCGAUGACCUCUCAGAGGCAUUCAACAGACCAGAACCAGAUGUCCACAAGACAAGUGUAGUAGGCUUGUUUCUACGCCAGAUGAUCCUGGCCUACAACAAGCUGUCCUUCAGCCAAGUGUACAAGCUGUACACAGCCCUUCAGCAGUACUACCAGGAGGAUCUGAAGAAGAGCGGCGGAGAGGAAGCCGAGAUGGAGCUGACGCACUGCGAGGGCCUUGAUUCAAAAAUGGAGAAGGAAGACUUUGACGGACCUCUCAGGGAGGAAGACAUCUCUUGCAACGGGCCACUUUCACAGAAGCAGGCGGAAUACUUCCUGUCGCAACAGGCAUCUCUGUUGAAAAACGAUGAAACGAAAGCUCUUUCGCCAGCAUCUUUACAAAAGGAACUUAACAGCUUGUUAAAAUUUAACCCUGACUUUGCUGAAGCGCACUACUUAAGCUACCUAAACAGCCUCCGGGUCCAAGAUGUCUUCAGCUCCACCCACAGCCUCCUCCACUACUUUGACCGCCUGAUCCUCACUGGCGCCGAAAGCAAGAGCAACGGCGACGAGGGCUACGGCAGGAGCCUGAGAUACGCGGCGCUGAACUUGGCUGCCUUGCACUGCCGCUUCGGCCACUACCAGCAAGCGGAGCUGGCCCUGCGGGAAGCCAUUCGGAUCGCUCAGGAGUCCAACGAUCAUGUCUGCCUGCAGCACUGCUUGAGCUGGCUCUACAUCUUGGAGCAGAAGAAAUCGGACAGCUGUGUGCUUUUGGAGCACUCCGUGAAGAAGGCGGUGCAUUUCGGAUUGCCAUAUUUAGCCUCUCUGGGGAUCCAGUCAUUGGUUCAGCAAAGAGCUUUCGCGGGGAAGACGGCCAGCAAGCUGAUGGAUGCCUUGAAGGACUCCGACCUCUUACACUGGAAGCACAGCUUGUCUGAGCUGAUCGACAUCAGCACUGCCCAGAAGGCAGCGAUCUGGAGGCUCUACGGCCGCAGCACCAUGUCCCUCCAGCAGGCCCAGAUGCUGCUGAGCAUGAACAGCCUGGAGGCCGUGAACGUGGGCGUCCAGCAGAACAACACCGAGUCCUUUGCGGUGGUGCUGUGCCACCUGGCCGAGCUGCACGCCGAACAGGGCUAUUUUGCAGCUGCCUCUGAAAUCCUGAAGCACCUGAAAGAGAGAUUCCCCCCCAACAGUCAGCAUGCGCAGCUGUGGAUGCUGUGUGAUCAGAAGAUCCAGUUUGACAGAGCCGUGAACGACGGCAAGUACCACGUUGCCGAUUCGCUCGUGGCUGGAAUUACGGCCCUGAAUAGCACCGAGGGGGUGUACAGAAAAGCCGUUGUACUGAAAGCGCAAAACCAAAUGUCGGAGGCACACAAACUCCUCCAGAAGCUCCUGACUCACUGCCAGAAAAUAAAAAUCACCGAGAUGGUGAUCAGGGUUCUCCUGUCUCUUGCCAAACUCCACCUGCGGUCUCUCUGCCACACAACAGCCCUGCCCAUCCUUCUCCAGGCCUUGGCUCUCUCCCAGGAGUACCACCUCCAGCACCUGGCUUCUGAAACCAUCCUCAACUUGGCUUUCUCCCAGCUAAUGCUUGGCCUUCCUGAGCAAGCCCUGAGCAUCCUCCACCUGGCGAUCGAACCCAUCCUGGCUCACGGGACGGUGCUGGACAAGGGCGCUGCCAUGUUCCUCAUGGCCAAGUGCCAGGUCGCCUCAGCAGCCUCCUACACCCCCCAGAAGAAAGCAGAAGCGCUGCAGUCAGCCAUCUUGAGCCUCAACGAAGCCAAAACCUAUUUUGCAAAUGUGGACUGUAAAGAGCAGCAGCGAGACGUCCUUUACCUCCAAGCCAGGCUCUUCCACAGCCUGGGCAAGGCACAGGAGAGAAACCAGUGUGCCAUGCUCUUCCGGCAGCUGAACCAGGAGCUCCCCGCCUGCGAGGUCCCCUUGAUCAAUGCUUUCAAAUGAGGCACUUUGG